AUAUAGGGGUCGCCAUAGACAAAAGCAAGGGGGUGCAUACUUCCUACAGCGGCUACUAGAGGAGACUCAAAUGAUAUUUGCAUUUUAGUAACGUAAUGGAAGUCGACAUGGAAGUAUUCAUUAUUGUUAAAUAGAAACAAGAAAAAAGUGAUAAUUAUAAAAAAAAAAAAGUAAAAACAUCAACAAAUAUGGUGGCUAAGGGUAAAUUUUUCAAAUCGAUGUCAUGCUAUAGUUUGAUUGGCCUUUUGCUGUUGACAACUCUCAACAAUGCAGAGCAGCAAGCAACAACGGAAAAUGACCACGAUGAUGAUGAUGAUAGUUUGAUACCCUGCCAGCUACCCAAUCCCCAGUUUGAUUGCCCCUCGAAUUCCCUUUGCACUCGCAUCAAUGCAACCAAUCCUCAAGAUUUGAAGUGCAUUUGCUUGGAGGGCUAUCAAUUAAAUCCCAAAUGGAAGGGUUCAGAUGACAUUGCCGCUGCCGAUGAUUCCAAUGAGGGUGAGGAAAACUACUGCACACCAAACAAUCCCGCCUCUGCCAAUGGCACAGAACAAGGCAAAAUUAUCGUUUACGUACGCUCCGCCUCUGAUCCCCAGCACCUGGUGUUUACCAUUGUUAUAAUUCUAUUGGGUGUUACAAUAGUUACUGCCGUAUUUUAUGGCCUAAAGGUACUGCGACCCAUAAAACGAACAAAGGCCGCUUAUAAGACGUUACAAAAUCGUCGACAAAAUAUCACACCUUUACAAGAAAUGGAUGAAUUGGAAUUGAAUCGUCGUUAUGAAAUGCAAACAUUUUAAAAAUUCUAAAUCAAAUUGAGUAUUAACAACAACAACAAAAUAAAAGACUGAGAUUAUAGUGA